UCCUGUUUGUUUAUCCGCAACUUAACCUAACGUCCAUCGUUGUAAAUCGACCCUGUUAGACACGUAAUUGUGAUUUUUUUCAUGUAAUUCUGCAGAAUAAUUGAAAAAUGGGAGAAGUAAUACGCACGACAGAACAUGAUCCACAUUCGGUAAGAGACGACGACUCUCUGUAUGUCGCUUCGAAAUGCUGGGAACGCGUUAUGGACGUCGCUGCCAAAACUGGCUACAGAGAAGGGAUGCAAGACGGUGCGGAUUCUGUACUACAAAAUGGAUUUGAUAUAGGCUUCAAGGACGGUUUCAAGACUGCUUUUAUGCUAGGAAGGUAUAAGGGUCUGGCUACUGUCUCAAUGCCUUCGACUUUAGAACACCCUGCCGAUGUAAUUGCUAUUCUUGAUAAAACCAGACGAGGCGCGUGCUGGAUAUGCAGCAUAGAAUCACAAAGCGAAACUUCCAACCCACCUGAGACUGCCCCAUUCUCUGAGAUUCUGAAUGAACAGAGAAUGCACUCCACAAAAAUAAUAAGCAGGCUAUGCGAAUACUUUAAGCCAGUUUUAAAGAAAUCAGAAAUUGAUCUCGAUUUUUUAGAUACUUUAGAUACGGAAUGAAUAAUUGAUUUUAGAAUAUUUAAAAGUUCAAUAAA